AUGCCCGGGGUGCCAUCCAGUCGUGGCUGUGGCGCUUGCCGCAAAGCAAAGAAGAAGUGUGACCAGCUCAAGCCCGUUUGCUCCCGCUGCAUACGUCUGAAUAUGACGUGUGUUGGAAGCGGACAGCAGCGGUACAAGUUCAUGGCCCAUCAGCUAGAUCGAGGGCAAGCCCAAGGCCGAUCUGACGUUCUGCCGAAAGUCUCCAAAAACAGAGUUGUCUUCGUUGACCGACCAGCACAACUAUCCAGUACCGAAACAGACCAAGUUGCAGCCAGAUUUGUAGGGGCGUUGCAGGUGACCGAUAUCCGAUAUGCCCUGGUCUACUAUGGACCUUUCUUUCGGGAUAUUCCCCGACGCCUGGGCAAAAGUGCUGUACUGGACUCGGCUGUCGAAGCCAUCUCAACCGCUUAUCCGUUUCUUCACACCGGUUCUUACUCACCAACUGCACUCGCGCGCUAUGGACAAUCUCUACGGGCGCUUCGAGAGUGUUUGAACGAUCCAGCGGAGGCUCGGAAUUCAAAUACGCUAUGUGCCGUCUACCUAAUCACCAUUUGCCAGAGCUGGCUGGGGAGAUGUGAUGACUCGCUCACAGGCCACAGCGAAGCCAUUUCUCAUCUUCUUAGAGCCGCUCCACUACAUGAAUGGAACAGCAGAUUCGAGCUUGAGAUGGUUCUGAUUAUGUGUGUACCUAUGAUCCUUGAAGGCAUUGUUAAUCCCCGUGUCAAAAUGGACCCAGCAUUUUGGGACCUGGCCGCGUCAUUCAGAGAUCGGAUCUUCAAGUUGCAGGAGAACCGCCCCAGACCCUCGACCGAGUUUAAACACCUCGCUAUGUUCCCAAAUUUCGUUCAAGACCCUGACGCAAACCUUGCCGAGAUUGAGAAUGCAUACCGCAGGCUUAGAGCUGAUGCUCAAGUAAUGCGACAACGCCUGAGUCAAGUCGAGCAACUCGCUCCGCUGUCCUUCUCAUCCCCUGCCGUUGUGGCUCACUCCCAAGCACAAGCAGCAUAUACCAUGGUAUCAACCCUGGCUGUGCUCACAAAUAGUCUCCUCCGCAUCUUUGAUCCAUGCAAUGUCACUCUAGUUAGCGAGUGUAUUUUCCUAUGUGAUGAACUUGCAAACCAGGCCGAGCUAGCAACCUGUUACCGGCCCUUGGGAUCAGCUUAUAUGCCGUUGUGUCUUACUGUCGCUUGGGCUGCAUUGAGGGAUGAGCCUCGAUUGACGCGACUUGAGGCCAUUCUCUCCGAAUACCAGUCUGACUUUGCACAAGUCCCUUGGAUGAGUCGGGCCCAGUGGCUAGCUUCCACUUUUGAUAGCCAUCGUGUGCGAGUCGCGGCCGAGAAAGCCUUACCACAAUCCUCUGGCCUCCACGAUACACAGGCCAACAUGGCACUUUGUCGUGGGCGUAGACAGCUCCCAGUCAAUCCCGAGUCAUGCUGUAUUCUUUAG